UAAAGAACUACAAUCAUGGAUUCAGCCGGUAACAAAGGCAUGUUGCCUUUCUCUGGGGCUUGUAGUUUGAUAUCGCUAGAGCUAAAGAUUUUCCUUACGAAAACAGCCCUCCGCGUGGCCAUAGUGUAUCAUCACACAGUCGUCGUCCCACCACCAGCAGCAGCUGUGUUUUGGGUCUUUCAUCAAGACCCUCGAAGACGUUAUUUUUGGCUAACUUCAGAAAGCGUUCACCCUUGCACUCUGAAGUGCAUUCAGCUUACAGUCAGACUUAAAGUGGACAAGAUGCGGGGCAUUCAUACCCUGGAUAACUUUGAGAUAUACAUUCCCAGAGAGGCAGAGGUAAUGACCGUCCCUAUUGGGUCCCUCCGAGUCUCCGUCCUGCAACGGAUGGGUGUGCAACGUUCUCGCUGCGGCCGUAGAAGCUCCAAUGCUUCUGUCUGUAUAUGGAUCUCUCCAGUGGUCAUCAGAGAGCGAGUACGUUCACUGAACAAGCUCGACACAUCUGACAUGGCCAAGACCAACAUGGCCUCGGUGGUGACCCAGGAGCUGAAGACGAUCUCUGGUCCUUACCACAUGGCCUUCGUCUCCUCCAACUGUGUGGCCUUAAGGGUCCUGGGAGAGUUUUUGCAAGUCAGUGGAAACGAGAAGCGGCGGAUCCCUGCCCAGACUAGUCCUCUCCCCCACGGCACUGCCACUAAAUGCCCCAAAGAUGCCAUCAUUAUCCACCACAGGAGGAUCUUUCUAUCACUCAAGAAACCUGAUCUAAUCAGACGCCCAAGGGGGAACUUUGUGACAUCACCUGCUUUGCCGUUUAAGCCACAGAGAAAAUUGGUUCUUGAAUCGUCUGCUGUUUCAGCAAAACAAAUGUGUCAUCCUGUGCCUCCUGACACUACUUGUGAUGAUACCCAGAGAGAGAGGGCAUUUCUUCAGAGGUUCGGCGUGAAGCGCUUCAUCCAGGUGACUUUGUCCAGACUCCCCUCCCAGGACCCGACGGUACUGCAGUCCACAUCACAGCCGCAGCCUAAGGAAGAGGCCCUCUACACACACCAUAAUGCAAAUGAACAAGAUGCAUCAAAUAGUAACGGGUCAUCAAAGAAGACACUCAACACAGAUCUGAAACAGGAAGUGGAGGUCCUGAGUGUGUUGAAAGAUGACCCUAUGAACCAGGGGGAUGAACAAUCUCUCUCUAAAAUAUUCUGCACUAACCCUCUUUUUAACAAAGAGAUUAAGGAGGUUGGUGGUUGCACUGGUAUUAAGUGUUCUACUCCUAAAAAUCAUGAGGAGGAGGAGGAGGAAGAUGGAACAGAAAAUGAAUGGGACUUAAAAGGCGAGGAGGAGAUUGAAGCUAGAAGUGGAACGGAGGCAGCUGUUACAGAUUUCAACACGGUCGUCAUCAAAGGGGAAGACGCAACUUCUGACACCGCUGAAGCUUCGAGUGACAGCCCAAACGUCCAAAGGGAAUCCGCUAGCGACGACAGCGGCAUGCACUUAGAGAUGGACGAUACUAAGGAUGGGACUGUGGGAGAUGGUGGUCAAAGUUGGGGAGUCGAACAUACACUAGUGCCGUCUUUCUCAACCCCCGAGCAACAUUAUGGAUUCGACUUUGAUCAGUUGGCCCGCGAGGAAGCGAUCGACCGCAUCAGAGCCAAGUUGAGGGAGAGUGAGGCUGCCCUCUGUAGUCUUCGCUCUCUAAGAUGACUGUUUGUUGUCAUAGAGACGCUAAUACACUCUUCACAGUACACCUGGUAGACCGGUGUUUCCUGGACAAUCAGUUAAUCUAGAUUAACUGAUUGUCCCAUAAAGGGGGAUCUGAAAAGCACAAUUUAGUUUGUUUUCAUCACAUGAGUUUAAUAUUAGUAUUUGGUGGUUUAGAUGGGUAGAUUAUUUGAUGCUUCUGUAUCCCAAAGUGGUUCAUUGUUAGUAUUGAAGCCUAAAAUCCCUCUCUUGAUAAAGAUAAGUGAAUAACUAUUCAUCUUGGGAAAGGACAGACAUUCAUAUUGGCUCACUUAACCGCAAGUUUACAUUUUAACUUUUGAAUUUUCAGAUUCAUUUUCAAUCGAACACUGUUAGAAUUUAAUGUUACAGUACUUCAACAUCUAAGUUAUGAUGUAUAACAUAAUGUAAUAUAAUAUAAUGAAUAACCACAGUAUAAUCCAGAACAUUUCAGUUUUGAGUUAUUCACCUAACAUUGAAUGCAUUGUAAAAUAUUGAAACGUUCCAUCACCGAUAAUUGAUUCACUAAAGUUCCAAGUCUGAUGUUCGCUCUGAAAUAGUUUUGUUUAUAUUUUUCUUUGUGUAUUUCUAAUGCGACCGACCUUGUUCAAUAAAGGAACCAAUGUCUGUACAAAGGCAAUGUUUUGUUCUUGUUUAUCACUAACAAGUUGUGCG